UUUUUCACUUCCUUUUUGUUUGCCUUUCGUGUUAAUAAUUUGGUGUUAUCAUUAAGAGCUUUCUGAAAGUACUAGAAACAAAGGAGGCUUAUUACUGUGAAAAAGAAACAGUGUGAGUAAUAAUUGAAGUACAGGAAACUAAAGACGAAGAAUAGAAGAGAACACAUGCACUUGUCUUCUAUUCUUUUGGUCACAUUUUUCAUCAAAAUGGGGGGGAUCUACCUUAUGCUACUUGUACUAAGGCCAUGGUGGUAGCUCAUUUAGUAAUUUGAGCUUCUUGUCAAGACUUUAUGGGAGAAUCAAUAGUGGAUCUUCCAAUUGAUUCAGAUAAGAUGGGGGAGACAAAUGCCUCUCACCCUGUUCUGGAUGUUUCGGUCUCAUUCGGUAGGUUUGAGAAUGAUUCAUUGUCAUGGGAGAAAUGGUCUGCAUUUUCACCUAACAAGUACUUGGAAGAAGUUGAGAAGUGUGCCACGCCUGGUUCUGUAGCUCAAAAGAAGGCAUAUUUUGAAGCCCAUUACAGGAAAAUUGCAGCUCGGAAAGCUGAGCUUUUGGAACAAGAGAAGCAAGCUCAGAAUGAUUUUGUGGGGUCUGAGGAUCCGAAUGGGAGAGAUCUGAUCACUGACAACAAUUUUACCCAUCAUGCCGAUGCCGAAUAUGAUGAGUCUGAAGACCUAAGUUCAGCUGAGGAAGUUAAGCAAGAAGCCAGUUUGACCGACGAGGAGGAUUUUAUCAAUGGACUUGAUCUGAAAGAGGAUGUUAUAACCUGUCAAGAGAGUGAAAACCCAGUGGUUGAGAGAGGGGAAGAACUUGAUAUCAAAGGAGAAGCAGCUGUUUUGGUGAAAGAAGAGGAAGACAUUGAAGUUGGCUCUCAGGUCAAUAAGGAAGUUUUGGAGUGUAAGGAUAAUGAGUUGGGAUAUGAUUCAAAGGGUAAAGAAGAGAAUGUGAAAUCGGAUAAGCAGAAUGAAUCUCAGAAGGUUACUGCUACGAAUAAGGAGAGAAAUGUAGGAAGUGUAAAGAAGAAACAGGCAUCGCCAAUAACUAGAACACCAAAGAGUUCUUCUGCCAGAGUGUCAAAGCCCAUAUUGAAUUCCUAUACUCCUAAACAUUCAAAACCAAUACCAAGUUCCAGUACCCCUAAGGUGUCAAAGCCAAUACCAUGUUCCAGCACCUCUAAGGUGUCAAAGUCAAUCCCAAGUUCUAAUACCGCUAAGGUGUCAAAGCCAACACCAAAUUCCAUUACCUCUAAGGUAUCAAAGGCCAUAUCAAGUUCGAGUACCUCUAAGGUAUCAAGGGCCACAUCAAGUUCCGGUGGGAUAUCUGUUGUGCAAUCUUUAGCAAAGAAGGGCAGUUCCAAUACUCCAUUUUUGCAGAGGAACACAAAUCCUUCUGAUGGAGAAACGAAGAAGUUUGUUUCUAAUUCUCUGCAUAUGUCACUCAGUUUGGGCCCUACUAAUACAAGUACAAACUCUGAUUCACCUACUGUUACCACAAUUAGAAAGUCUUUAUUCAUGGAGAAAAUGGGGGAUAAGGACAUUGUGAAACGAGCAUUUAAAGCAUUCCAAAAAAAUUUCGACCAAUUGAAAUCCAAUGAUGAAGAUGGAUCUCCACUACAAAAGCAGAUGCAGGGGUCAACAAAUAGUACAGCACCAAAUGUUUCCACUUCUAUGACUCCAAGAAAAGAGAAUGGAGGGUCACUUAGAACAGAACGUCUUGAUAAACAAAGUGCCAAGACUCCUCCAUCCUCGUUUCGGCCGAAAAGUGUUGAAAGAAUAGAGAGACGGAAAGAGGAAAAAUCCAAUGCUGGUGAGGCGGACAAAGCAAACCUUCAAUCAAGAUCAAAGGAGCAAAAGGAGGCAGAGUUAAAAAAACUAAGGCAGAACCACAACUUUAAAGCCAGUCCUAUGCCAGCUUUCAAUCGGGGACAAAAAAUGUCAAAAAGCACUUCAGAGAAGAUGUCUUCCAAGAGUGAGAUUCGUUGAUGAGGAUGAAAAAAAGUCAACCAAAAAGUACUUGUAUACUUCUGAGACGAAGGUAGCUGCUAUAUUGGGUGAUAAGGAAGAUGUAUCUAAAAGAAUUUCUUCUGAUCAAGGUGUUCAUGCCUAUAGGUAUCGAUUGCUUUUUUGAUGUAAAGCAUUGACAGAUAUGAUUUUACACUCGGAAUCUAUGUUCAAUGGCCAAAAAACAGGACAAGUCCUCGGUCAGUUGGUCUUCUUGUAUUGGUGGGGCACUUAAAAUGUGAACGAGAAAGCUAUUGGGCCAAUAGUACUGCCUUUUCCCCUUCAACUUACUCCUUCCUUGUUAUCCCCAAAUUUUCCCAACUCAUGUAUAAUAAUUAAGAGAAUGAUUUUUCCUUUUUUAGUGGGGUUGUUGCGUAGGGGAAAUAAAAGUGUUGUGUAUAAGUAGUUGUGAUCUUUGAAUGGAUUCAUAUCUGCAUCUGGUACUUACUUGCAUACAA